AUGGUUAUAACCUGGAUCCUGUUCCUGGCCCUGCUGCAGGAGCCGCGCUGCCCGGGCCGGGCCGCGGCCGUGCCCGAGAGCUCCGGAGCCGCGCCCCGGCCGCGCAGGGAUGCGGGGGGACGCGGCGGCGUCUACGAGCACCUCGGGGGAGCGCCCCGCCGCAGGAAGCUCUACUGUGCCACCAGGUACCACCUGCAGAUCCACCCCAGCGGCAGGAUCAACGGCACCCUGGACAAGAACAGCGCCUUCAGUAUUCUGGAGAUAACUGCUGUGGAUGUUGGAAUCGUUGCCAUCAAGGGCCUGUUCUCUGGCAGAUACCUGGCCAUGAACAAGAGGGGCAGACUUUAUGCAUCAGAGAGCUACAACGCCGAGUGUGAGUUCGUGGAGCGCAUCCACGAGCUGGGCUACAACACGUACGCCUCGCGGCUGUACCGGAGCGUGCCCGGCCGGGCGGGCAGCCGGCGCAGAGCCAGCGCAGAGAGACUCUGGUACCUCUCCAUCAACGGCAAGGGGCGACCCCGCCGGGGCUUCAAGACCCGCAGGACACAGAAAUCCUCUCUCUUUCUGCCCAGGGUGCUGGACAACAAAGACCACGAGAUGGUCCGGCUGUUCCACGGCAGCGCCAAAUUCCGGGAGAGUCUCCUGAGGGCGCCCAGCAGGAACCAGCGCAGGAGGAGAGGGCACUGAUGGAGCUCCUGGUGGGGCUGGCGGGGACUGAGAGCCUUCGGAGAACUACCAAAGGACUCACAGCUGUGAUUGUACCAGGGGCAUGAACACUGACAGGUUUUAUACACUCUGUGAUAGAACCAAACCCCACAUCCCUUGCUUGUAGCUGUUGUAGGUUUGUUACCUGUGGGGAAGGAGAUGGGAGGUAAGCUGAGGCACAGUGAAAGGUAAAUCAGCUGGGUGUAAUAAUUUUGCAAUGACAUUCAUGUUUUCUUUUCUUAAAAAAAAAAAAAAAUUCAAUAUUAAUUUCAAAAGUAUUUUCAUUCUAACCUGCCAUAGGCUAUAAUCUCGGUGUUGCCCUCCCAGACCAUAUGGAUAUUUAACACCAAAUUCAUGUCCAGAGAGAAGAUACAGUGCUUUCAUGGCUCUUCUGGCCUUGAGAGGCUACAUUCUUAUUUUUACAUAAUACAGGAGUUAGAAAA